AUGUCGUCCACCAGUGAAAAGGCGAAACGACACAAGUCCAGAAACGGCUGCAUCACGUGCAAGAAGAAGCGGCUCAAGUGUGGUGAGGAAAAGCCUGCGUGUGCCAACUGUAUUCGCCGCAAGAUCGUCUGUGGGGGUUACCAGACCCGCUUCAAAUGGAAAGGGUUUACCCAGACCGCACCUUUCGAGUCGUCGUCGCGCGCCUCGCGCAAGAGCUCUGAAUCUUCCGACGAUCUGCCCGACACCAAGCCUGUCGACGAGCCGGCUCCAGGUCCCGAGCAGGACGCCGCCGCUACCCGCCAGCUGCCCUCCGAGGUGAUUCAAAAGGCGCUUGAGGCCGCCACGUUGUCGAUGACGGGGAAAUCGACGCAGGAAAUCGCCAUAGCCAAUGCUCUCAUGGCGAGCGGCCGCAACCCGGAUCUGGCGUCGUCGAUCGCGUCCACUUUAACCGACCUUGCGGCCAGAACGCCGUCCGUGCACUCCGUGGGCACGCCGGAAAAACGCGAGGACGAGCCGGCCAUCAAGCGAGAGGAGGAAAGCAUACUGUCUGACGCUCCGCUCAGUAAUUCGCCGCUGCUGGCCGCUAGUCCCGCAUUUAGCGACGCAGGACUCUCGCUGAGUCUCUACCACGACGCCCUACCCAGAGAAUCGCGUUUCGUGCCGGGCAACGUACUCUACGACCUGCUCAACAGCGUCACAACGCCAGAGGGCCGGCUCGACUCGCCCAAGCUGCUGGCACAGCUGGAGAAGAACCCGGCCGCCAUGGAAGAGUACCAGCAGCUGGUGGCCAGCCCGACAUACAGCUCGGUUUUCCGCACCGGAAACUCGCCGCUGGCACCCAUGUCGCCGCUGACCUCGUUGGACGACGCGCGCACACCCGCGUCGCCCGUCUUCUCCAACAUCGUGAGCGCGUUCACGUGUCUCGACCGCUCGGAGCCGUCAAGCCCCGACGGCCACUCGGCGCUGGCGCCGCACCAUAUUCUCACUAAAAGCCCGCCAAGCUCCAUUCCACGAGCCAUCGAAAUAAAAGACAAAACGUUCAAGAUCCUCGGCGCAUACGAAACGUACACCAGUGCCAUCAUGUCGAUCAAAAACGGGCCGUCCGAAAACCCAUGGCGCACUUUGUUUCUGCCCAUGACCCAAGAAUACCCCGUGGUGUGCAACGCGGUGAGCGCAAUGGCGUGCUUCCAUCUCGCGCGCGGCGACCAGCAGCUGCGGUCGCAGGGCAUGACGCACAUGAAAAACGCCAUCGUCGAGCUUGUGCACGGCCUCAGCGACAAAACUAUCCCGCCCGACGUGGCACUCGCCGCGUGCCUCGCGCUGGCCAUGAGCGAGGCAUGGGACCGUCACGUGACCACGGGGAUCGGGCACCUACGCGGAGCACGGACGAUGAUCACGCGGCUGCUGAGCGCGCAACAGGCGCCGCAGCAGAGUGACCUCAAGUUCCUGUUCAACACGUGGAUGUACUUUGACGUGCUGGCGCGAAUGACGGCGACGGGCGACGCCGACGACGCCGACGACGGCGAGACUCCGGGCAAGAAAAAAGCGACCGAUUUCAACUCGCUCGUGGCGCGGUUCGAAGCGACGCACGCGUCCUCCACGCAGGAUAUCGACCCGCUGCUCGGCGUGAUGCAGAAACUGUUCCCCGUGAUUGGCAACGUGGCGUCGUUGGUGCAGAAAGUCCGCAAGGAGUCGCGCAAUUCAUUAAGCGUCAUUACACAGGCUGUGCAGCUGAAGCAGGAGCUGGAGCGCUGGCGGCCGCCGGCGCUGCGCAACUACCAAGUCGAGGACCCGCUGUUCGACCUGGCGUCGACCGUCGCGACGGCCGAGGCGUACCGGUACUCGACGCUGCUGUAUUUACACCAAGCUGUGCCGGAGAUUCCGUCCAAAUCGUCGCACAACCUGGCCAAGAAGGUGAUGAUGCUGCUGGCGUCGAUUCCGACCUCGUCGCGUACCUGUGUGACACACAUUUUCCCGCUUCUCGUGGCGUCGUGCGAGGCAGAGCCCGGCGAGGAGCGCGAGUGGGUCAAAGCGCGUUGGGAGCUGCUGAGCUCCAAGAUGUGGCUGGGCAGCAUCGACCGCGCGCUGGAGGUGGUGAAGGAGGUGUGGACGCGCAAAGACAUUUUGCGGCGUAAAAGAGCGCAGGCGCAGCAGUCGCGCAACGACGGCACUGACGACAACGACGACGACGACGACUCGUUUGUGAGUCUGAGCCGGAAAAUCAACGUGGCCGUCCACGGUAGCGACGGCCCGCCCGACGACGACGACGAGCGCGUUGGCAGCUGGUCGCACUGGAGCACCGUCAUGAAAGAGUGGGACUGGGAGGUCCUGCUGGCCUGA